AUGAACGCCAUUGAGAAACCCCAUAUUAUGGCAGUGCCAUUCCCAGCACUCGGUCAUGCUAUUCCAUUGCUCGACUUCGCUAAGCAGCUGGCCUCGCAUGGUCUCACCGUCAGUUGUGUCACCACCGCUGCUAAUUUACCCUUCCUACAAUACCAAAUGGCCCAAGCUUUUUCCUCUGGCCUCGAUAUUCACCUCCUAGUCCUUCCUACGCCGCCUGUGGAAGGUUUACCGGAGGGAAUAGAGAGCUUUGAACAAGUUCCUACCCACAAAUGUGAUCUUAUUUUUGAAAUGGUCCUUAAGCUAGAACACCAUUUUAACCGUAUGCUUGAGAGCCAACUUGAGCAAGGGAAGGGACCUGUUUGUAUAAUGCAUGAUUUGAUUCUGGGAUGGAGUAUGGAGUUCCCACAAAAGCACAAUAUCCUCAGGGUGGUAUUUGAUACAUAUGGAGCUUUUGGGCUGAGCAUGAUGUGCUCUUCAUGGCUUUCAGCCUCACAGAACGCAGUGGGAAAACAAGGAGAUAGUGUUGUUCUAAGCUUGGGUCUGCCCACUUCUAUGAGAUUUCAUAAGCAUGAGAUAGACCCUGAAUUAUUCGAACCCUUUAUGGUGGAAUUCUUAGCACGGGUACAGUCAAUAUAUCAAAGCUCUGGAAUUCUGACAAAUACGUUUGAGAAGCUGGAGGGUGAGUAUAUCCAAAACUUGAGAGAUCUGACAGGGAAGAAGGUAUGGUCCAUUGGUCCAGUGCUUCCGCCCAAGUUUUUCAGCGGGGAAGUUAGGGCUACGCCACGAGGGAAAAUGGCGGACAUCAGCGAAGAUGAGGUGCUCCAAUGGUUGGAUUCUCAGAGUCCAAGUUCAGUUGUGUAUAUUUCUUUUGGAAGCCAGACUUUCUUAUCAGAAGAACAAAGCAAGGCCCUGGCGAGUGGUCUGGAAGCCAGUGAGAAACCUUUCAUUUGGGCUAACAAAGUGUCGCCAAAGAUUGAAUCUUUGACAUUGGAUAGUCCAAUAGAUCUCGCUCGCACAUAUCUGCCAAAGGGCUUCCAGGAGCGAACAAAAAAUCGAGGGCUGGUUAUAUGGGGCUGGGUUUCACAGCUUGUUAUUCUGUCCCACCAAUCUAUAGGCGCUUGCAUGAGCCACUGCGGGUGGAAUUCUAUGCUUGAAAGCGUAGCUCUGGGAGUCCCGUUGAUCACUUGGCCCAUGUAUGCAGACCAGCACUUCAAUUCGAAACUGGCAGUCAAAUUGGGGAUCGGAAUUCAAGUGUGCGAGCAUAGAGAUGGAAUUCCGGACAAGAAAAGAGUUAUGGAUGCUGUUUCGUUUGUUUUGAGUAAGGACGAGGGGAAACAGAUGAGAAGAGAUGCAGAGAAGUUGAAGAACAUGUCCAGAAACGCUGUCGCAUAUGGAGGAUCUUCAUCCACAAAUUUACAAGAAUUUGUGAGUGUGAUGUACAACCUGAACAUGUCAAGAAAGGAAGUUGGUCGUGAAGGAUCCUCCAAAGCUGAAUUACAAGAAGAUAUUGUGAGCAACAUAUCUCGGCUUAGCAUCUCCAAAACUAUGUAA